CUUAAAUUAAGUUAAUUUCGAACGUCUAAAAAAAUGGUUCAAAAAAAUGUUGAAUGGAUAAAGGAAAAGAGAAAAAAUAUUAAUAAAAAACAUGAAAGAUUUCGGUCUGAAAAUUCUGGAACAGGAGGAUUAUGUCGUUUAAAGAAAAAAAUUAGAGACCUUGAGCGUCUUGUUAGAAGGGGAUCAAUGCCUGCAGAUGUGCAAUUGAAUAUAGAAAGAGAACUCCAGAGUUUAUAUUUUGAUUUUAAAAUGAUUCAAGAAUCGAAAAAAAAGCAUAUUUUGCAAGAAAAAUAUAAGAUGGUAAGAUUUUUUGAGAAGAAGAAGGCGACCCGUUAUUUAAAGAGGGCUCAAAAGCAGCUUAUGGAGGCUAAUGAUGAAGAUGAAAGAAAAAAGUUAGAGAAUAUUAUUCAUCAGUGUCAAGUAGAUUUAAAUUAUAUAACAGAAUUUCCAUGUUCAAAAAAAUAUAUUUCUUUGUAUAAAUCUCCAUCAGAAAAUUCAUCUACAGAACAAGAAAGAAUAAUGAUUUGGAAGGAUAUAGAACAAAAAUGUAAGAAAAAAUAUGAAUCAGAGUAAUAAGGAUUUUUAAAGUUUUGAUUUGUAAAAUUUUAAAUAUAUAU